CGAGCAGCGCGGCCACCGAUCCCCGCGCCCCCUUCCUCGCUCCGACCCGGCUUCGGCCCGCAGCGGGUUCGCGGCCCGGACGCGGCGGGAGUCGUGCCCAGGACUGUGCGUCCGGCCUCGCCCGCGGCUUCUCGCCCAGACAAGUUUGAACAAUGAUCACAGUCAACCCGGAUGGGAAGAUAAUGGUCAGAAGAUGCCUCGUCACCCUGAGACCCUUUCGGCUUUUUGUCCUGGGCAUCGGCUUCUUCACUCUCUGCUUCCUGAUGACUUCUCUGGGAGGCCAGUUCUCCGCCCGGCGCCUGGGGGACUCGCCCUUCACCAUCCGCACAGAAGUGCUGGGUGGCCCCGAGUCCCGUGGCAUCCUCCGAAAGAUGAGUGACCUGCUGGAGCUGAUGGUGAAGCGCAUGGACAUGCUGGCUAGGCUGGAGAACAGCAGCGAGCUGCACCGGGCCGCUAGUGACACGCACCUUGCAGCAGACAGACUUUCCCCUGGGGCCGGCCUCAUGGAGCGGAUCCAGGCCAUUGCCCAGAACGUCUCUGACAUCGCCGCGAAGGUGGACCAGAUCCUGCGCCACAGUCUGCUCCUGCACAGCAAGGUGUCUGAGGGCCGGCAGGAUCAGUGUGAGGCUCCCAGUGACCCCAAGUUCCCCGACUGCUCCGGAAAGGUGGAGUGGAUGCGUGCCCGCUGGACCUCUGACCCCUGCUACGCCUUCUUCGGGGUGGACGGCACGGAGUGCUCUUUCCUCAUCUACCUCAGCGAGGUCGAGUGGUUCUGCCCUCCGCUGCCCUGGAGGAACCAGACCAAGGCUCAGACGGCCCCCAAAACCCUCCCCAGAGUCCAGGCAGUUUUCCGGAGCAACCUCUCCCACCUCCUGGAGCUAAUGGGCAGCGGGAAAGAGUCACUGAUCUUCAUGAAGAAGCGGACCAAGCGGCUCACAUCCCAGUGGGCGACAGCUGCCCAGCGCCUAGCACAGAAGCUGGGGGACAUCCAGAGGGACCAGAAGCAGAUCCUCGUGCACAUCGGCUUCCUGACGGAGGAGUCUGGGGACGUGUUCAGCCCGAGGGUGCUGAAGGGAGGGCCCCUGGGCGAGAUGGUGCAGUGGGCAGACAUCCUGGCUGCUCUCUACGUCCUGGGCCACAGCCUGAGGGUCACCGUGUCCCUGAAGGAGUUGCAGAGUAAUUUAGGGGUGCCGCCGGGCCGGGGAAACUGCCCACUCACCAUGCCCCUGCCUUUCGACCUCAUCUACACUGACUACCACGGCCUGCAGCAGAUGAAGCAGCACAUGGGACUCUCCUUCAAGAAGUACCGGUGCCGAAUCCGGGUCAUCGACACCUUCGGGACGGAACCUGCAUAUAACCACGAAGAGUACGCCACGCUGCACGGCUACCGGACCAACUGGGGCUACUGGAACCUCAACCCCAAGCAGUUCAUGACCAUGUUCCCUCACACUCCGGACAACUCCUUCAUGGGCUUCGUGUCCGAGGAGCUCAACGAGACGGAGAAGCAGCUCAUCAAAGGCGGCAAGGCCAGCAACAUGGCUGUAGUGUAUGGCAAGGAGGCGAGUAUCUGGAAGCUCCAGGGGAAGGAGAAGUUCCUGGCCAUCCUGAACAAGUACAUGGAGAUCCAUGGCACUGUGUACUAUGAGAGCCAGCGGCCCCCCGAGGUUCCAGCCUUUGUGAAGAACCAUGGUCUCCUGCCACAGCCUGAGUUCCAGCAGCUGCUGCGCAAAGCCAAACUCUUCAUAGGCUUUGGCUUCCCCUACGAGGGCCCGGCACCGCUGGAGGCCAUCGCCAAUGGUUGUGUCUUCCUGCAGUCACGCUUCAGCCCACCCCACAGCUCCCUCAACCACGAGUUCUUCCGGGGCAAGCCCACCUCCAGGGAGGUGUUCUCCCAGCAUCCCUAUGCCGAGAACUUCAUCGGCAAACCCCACGUGUGGACUGUCGACUACAACAACUCAGAAGAGUUUGAAGCAGCCAUCAAGGCCAUCAUGAAAACCCAGGUAGACCCCUACCUGCCUUAUGAGUACACUUGUGAGGGGAUGCUGGAGCGGAUCCAUGCCUAUAUCCAGCACCAGGACUUUUGUGCAGUCCCAGGCUCCGCCCUGCCAGGCACCCACACAUCCCCCAGCCCCUUUGUCCUGGCCCCGAAUGCCACCCACCUGGAGUGGGCUCGCAAUGCCAGCUUGGUCCCUGGGGCCUGGCCCCCAACUCACUCCCUGCGGGCCUGGCUGGCCGCUCCCGGGAGGGCCUGCACCGACGCCUGCCUGGACCACGGCCUGAUCUGCGAGCCUUCCUUCUUCCCCUUCCUCAACAGCCGGGACGCCUUCCUCAAGCUGCAGGUGCCCUGUGACAGCACGGAGUGGGAGAUGCACCACCUGUACCCAGCCCUUGCACAGCCUGGCCAGGAGUGCUACCUGCAGAAGGAGCCUCUGCUCUUCAGCUGUGCUGGUGCCAACACCAAGUACCAGCGGCUCUGCCCAUGCCGCGACUUCCGCAAGGGCCAGGUGGCCUUGUGCCGGGGCUGCUUGUGAGAUUCUGGAAGCCACACUGCCUGGCACCCAGGCCAGCCUCCCAUGCAGGAGAAAGCACCAGCAGAUUCCCAGCUCCAGCUGCCCGCGUACUACAACGCCUCUAGCUGGAGCUUCCUUCCCGGGCCAGGAAGUGGGCAGAGGCGAGCUGAGCCCAGGGUUGGGAAGCAGCAACCCAAACUACAGGACCCCACCUGGGUGGCAUCUUGCUUUCACCCCAGAUGCCCAGCAGCAGGGGGUCCGAGUCCCCUUGUUUUGCUCAAGGCGAGACUGGAACCAGAUAGAGAAGGGGCCUGGCCAUUUCUGAGUCCAGGAAUGGGGAGAAGGGCCAUGCUGGCCUGUAAACCACUGAAGGGGCCCCGGAACGGAAAGCAAGCCUGGGCCAUGCUUGCUUUCGAGGGUGCCCUCUUCCUGGGAGGGCAGCCAUGCACAGAGGACCAGCCACAUCCCUCUGGAAUUAAGGGAUGGACAGGGGUAGGGGUGGGGGCGGCCGAGAGAGCCUGCCCGUGCCUCCUUAGUCCCAUUUCUCCCUCCCCUUCACCCCCUCUGAUUUCCCCACCCCUCCCCUCUACGCUUGGAAUGCCCAUCUGGGUUGGGCUGUCUCUCCUGCCUGAUCCAACUCUCUCCAUCCUGCCAAGACCUGCAAUUCCAGAGUCGGGAUUCAUUUCUGCAGCCUCAGUCCUGCUCUCCCUAACCUGGGGGCCAGUUGCUGACCUUUGAGAACAGGCUCUGGAGCCCUACCAGGCCCAGGCCCUGACCUGCACCCCAACAAGCACCUUUUGCAGGCAGGGUCUGGCCGGAGCCUGUGGCGCACCCUGCACUGUUCCACCAGCUCCGGGGAGCUCCCACCUCAUCACUGCUGCAUCCGUGUCCCUCCCUCCAGCUUGCUGCAGCCUCAAACCACCUCUGGACCCCAGUGCCCAUCUCUGCGCGGCAUGCCUGCCCCUCUACCCCACGCCCAGAGCACUGUCCGAGUCCACGGGUCAGGCCCGCAGAGACACUGUCACCCCUGCGCGGAGAGGCCAAGCCUGCCGUUAGCCCCUCCAGGGAGGUCCCGGGGCCCUGAACGUGGAGGAGGGAGCGGGGCCCCGCUGGGGAGCUGAAGGCACACACGUCCCCUUCUGGCCUGGUGGCCCCUGCAGCCACAGAACCCUCAGCUGCAGAGAGCACAGCAGUCCCCAAGGACCUGACCUGUGGGAGAAAGCAAUAGAGACACUCUUCUCUCUCUCUCUCUCUUUUUUUUUAAAAAUUUAUUUCUUGAAAUAAUAAAUAUUUUAUUGGGAUGUGA